AUGUGCCCCACAUUCCCAUUGCCUGGGCCAAGUGUGGCACGCAGCACAAGAGAGGACAAGGUAAAAUGAAGCAGACAGGUAACGGUGCUCUUUCCUUUUCUUACUUUUCAGCCUGAGGAGAACUACUUCCCACACUGGAAGUCCCCAGGCUUGGUAACCCAGCAUGCUGUUAAUCAGGACAACUGAGCAAGGAAGAGGGAGGAGGAGUGGAAGGGGACAAACCUCCUUCUUGACACUCCCAUGCCAGCUGCUUCCUGACACUUGCCAAGGAAAGGAAAGGGGCUGGUGUGAAGGCUUGGUGGAAUGGUGGGUUGAACUGAAAGCAGGAAAGGAUUUGGCACAACGCAAGGCCGCUAGGAAUCAGCUCAACCCCCCAAGCAACUAGACCAUGAGAACCUAGCACUGCAUUUGCCACCAUGCUUGAAGCCAGGCAGGUCUUCUCCAGUAUUAGAGUCAGAGAUGAGAUAAUUGGGCAGGGGGACAUUCAUUUUCUUUUUUUUCUUUCAGGAAAGAAUACCCAGAAGGGCAUAUGUGCCAAUCAUUACGUCAGAGGAAAUAUUAGAGAUACAAGGGGAAAAAAUAGGCAUCAUGUUUGAAAUUGCCAAAAUGGUGAGUCACAUACGGUCUAUAAGAUGAGGUUUUUUUCUUAGAAAUUAAUGUAAAAAAUAGGGGGACGUGGGAUUGGUUGCUGCCGCGAGCAGGAGAUUUAUAGUCAAAUGCAUAUGCUCAAUAAGUUAUGGCAAUACCCAGUUAGUUAUGGUGAUGCUAAAAAUAUAUUUCUGUAUACUGCGUUCUGAGACAAAGAAACCGGCAGAAUGAAUUCUCUUAAAUGAGUCUUUCCCCCUUUCUUCCUAAAGCCUUAGGAUUAAAUGCAAAUGACAUGUGUUUACAUUUCCGGUGUUUUAAUAAUUCUGAAGCUGUGAUCUAUUAAAGCUGAAAUGUUUAGGUAAAAAAAUAAGUCAGAUGGAUUGAUUCUAUGAUUCCAGUUCCAUGGAAAUCACCUGAGGCCAUAUUUCUUCUAUUUUAAUUAUUAUAUUAUAUUUUUCAUAUGCCACCCAUCCAACUGGGUUGCCCCAGCCACUCUGGGCAGCUCCCAUCAAAAUAUUAAUAACACAAUGAACCGUCAAAUUACCCUUUUGCUCUUUUUCUAUAGGAAACGAGAAAGGAGACAAAAGAACAGCCUCCAAAAGAAACACCAGGUAAGGUACCUUCUUGUAUCAGGAAGAACUACAUUGUGAUCUACAGUGGAACCUCGGAAGCUGAAUGUUUCGGCUCCCAAACUCUGAAAAACCAGAAAUGAAUGCUUCUGUUUUCAAACGUGCCUCGAGGCAUGUUUCUCGACUGGAAUGGAGCUUGCGGACCGCCCCAUUGAGUCCCAGUUUUCGAACACUUUGGAAGCUGAACAGGCUUCCGGAACGCAUUAAGUUUGACAACCGAGGUUCCACUGUACAUGGUUGUGGCGUUUGUACGGAGCCCCCAGUCAUCUCACGGACUAUUGACCUGUACACCACUAAUCCACUGCCACCAACCAGGUCCUCCCCGGUAAAUCACUUAGUCUCAGUCAGGUUGACAAAUUAACAAAGAAAAGUGUAGUUUAUUUCAGACACAAACUUUAACUGCAUUCCAAACUCUUUAGCUUCUUAGUCUUGUUUUAUCCUGUCUCUGUCUCUUCUACCUCUCCUCACACAAGAACCCACUGCACUAACUCUCUAGUUCCAACUGCCUGCCAACUGCUCCUCCAACUGCCUUUCCCAACCAACCAACCAACCAACCAACCCACUAAAACCAACCAACUACCCACCAACAACUAACUCAAACCUCAGGCUAAGCCCUUUUAUAUGCAGGUAGGCUCCGCCUCCGGCUUUCCUAUUGGUUUACAUAUUAACCCUUUUUCUCCCCCUGCUUUAUUAUUCCUCCACCCACCAUAUCUCCAAGGUACUUGAUUUCUGAGUCCCCAGUCUGACAUUUACGAGCCUUAAUGGUCCAGCCCACCUCUUUAAUUCAUUGUAGCACUAACUCUAGGGGCUCUUUGUGUUCAGACCAGGUUUGACUAAAAAUUGCAAUAUCAUCCAGCUAAGCUACUGUAAACUCCCUUAAUCCAUGCAGGAUCUUAUCCACUAGCCUUUGAAAGGUCGCUGGCACAUUUUUUAGCCCAAAGGCCAUCACUUUAAACUCAUAUAAUCCUAGGGGACUUUUCCUGGUCCCCAGGAUACAUUUUUACUUGAUAAUAGCCUUUUGUCAAGUCUAGACAAAUGGCACCUGCCUAUGGUCUCAAUUAGGUCAUCUAAGCUGGGCAUUGGAUAGGCAUCCGCCUUAGUGACGUGAUUUAACUUUCGGUAGUCAACACAAAAUCUUAUCGAGCCAUCAGGUUUGUCUACCAGCACUGCCCAGGGACUCUCUGAGGGGGUUAUGAUCCCUGCCUUCAGCAUCUCCUGCACCUCGUUGCGGACUUUAUCCAUGUAUGUCCCAGUUAUCCGAUAAGGGGUCACUACAAUGGGUUUAGCACCCCCAGUGUCUAUGCGAUGGACCACUCCCUUUGCUAUUCCAAAGACGGCUUUGUAUUUUUGUAGGAUACUUCCUUCCUCCUCCCGCUGUGAUUGGGUUAAUGAAGGGGCUAGAUUCACUUCUUUCUGAUUACAAUGUUGCUCCCCUCUCCCUUCCUAGCACAGUAUGUGGUCUGUUUCUUCUGGGUCCUCUCUUAUAGCAUAUAGAGCCCAGCUUUCUGUUCUAUGGUAGGGUUUUAGCAUGUUCACGUGAACCACUUUGCGCCCUUCAUCCCCCUGCUGGAUAAUGUAGUUCACAUAAUUCAUUUUGGACACAAUCUUCUACGGUCUCUUCCCAGGCUAAUUGCAAUUUAUUUCCCUUUAUUGGCCUUAGCAGCAACACUUCAUCUUCUGGCCCAAAGGUUCUCUCUCUGGCCUUUUUAUCAUACCAGAUUUUUUGCUUUGACUGGGUGGCUUUUAAAUUUUCUCCUUCUAUUUCUAAGGAAUGGCGUAAAGUGUUUUGCAGUUUGUACAGAUAUUCCAUCACUGAAUCUGGAUCACUAUCUGAGUGAUCCUCCCAAUUCAUUCGGAGUAGAUCUAAAGGUUCUUUGACCUUGCGCCCUAGUAAAAGUUCAAAGGGACUGUACCCGGUACUCUCUUGUGGAAUGUGUCUGUAUGCGUACAAGAGGGGUUGUAAUUGGCAGUCCCAGUCAUUAGGGUUUUCUGCUACGUAGGCUUUGAUCAUAGGAUCAAAGUUCCAUUAAACUUCUCAACCAAUCCAUUAGUCUCUGGAUGGUACGGUGUGGAAGUUAUAUGUGUGAUGCCACACGCUUCCCACAAUCUUUUCAUGAGCCGGGAUGUAAAUGAGGUGCCUAGGUCCGUGACCAACUCACUUGCAAACCCCAGGCGACUCAUGUAAUUAAUCAACGCAUCUGCUACUGUCUCAGUUUCGAUAUUUUUUAAUGGGAUCGCUUCUGGAUAUCGGGUUGCAAAAUCUAUGAUGGUCAGGAUAUAUUUAUUGCCCCGUUUCGUGGCUCUUGGCAAUGGCCCUACUAGGUCAAGCCCCAACCUUUGAAAUGGGGUAGAGAUCACAGGUAAAGGACACAGUUUGGCCUUUGUCUUGUCCUGCCCUGUACCUCGUCUUGGGCAAAUAUCACAUGCCUGGCAAUAUAGCUUGAUUUGUUUCCCCAUGCCUGGCCAGUAGAAGUUCUGCGCAACCCUUCGUUUAGUGCGCGUUAUUCCCAUGUGUGCACCAAAAAUGCUAUUAUGGGCUUGUUGCAAAAUCUUUUCUCUAUAGGUGUGAGGGAUUACCAGUUGUUUACGGAUUCCUCCUCCCCCUCUAUACGGUGUGGCAAGGAGUUCCCUAUACAACAGCCCGUUUUCUUCACAGAAUCCCUCUGGGCAUUCGGGGUUAAAGGGGCGGCAGACUUAGCUGCCUCAAAACAACUGCUUAAGCCAACAUCCCCUUUUUGCUCCUUAGCAAAACUAGCCUUAUGGGUGUUUUUAAAAGGAACUAUAACAGCUUCAGUUUCUGCUCCGCCCAAGCCUUCCAAGAGAGGUUUCCCAGCCGUGCCUCCACUGACAACUGUUUCAGUUUCCUCAGUAGUGGGUGAUUCUUGGCCCCCCUUUGAGCAAGUAACUACAAAUGCACUCUUAACAUGCUCUAGGAGAUCCCAGCCGAUAAGAACUGCUGCUGGAACUUCCUCAGAAAUGGCUACCCGCCACUUCCCAGACCAAUCACGGAAGUUAAUAUCCACUUCAGCUACUUUUAGGAUCACUGGUUCUUUGGCAAUUCCUUUUAAUUUUAUUGUUUUUUCAGGUAUUAAUUUAGUAGUGGAAAUUAUGUCCGGAUGGACGAUUGUAAUCUGUGAUCUGGUGUCUCUUAACCCAAGAUACUUUUUAUCAUCAACCCAGAUGUUUUCCCCAGCAUUUCUCAAGAGGAAACUAUCCUGUUUAAUCAACUAACAUUGUACCACACGUGCCUCAAAAUUUUCCUCAGGCUCAGGCCUAGCUUAAACCUCGGUUUCCCUGGCAACCUGCCUAGCCUCUUUGUUCUCCACUGAGUGGAUACAAUAAGUCUGUUUUUGAGAACCAGAAUUCAGUUUUACCCUUUCCAUCCCCACAGUCCAAAGUCCUGUGGCCUAAUUUACCACACGUCCAGCACUUUAUUUCCCUGUACCCAGUAUAAUUAGUUUUAUUUCCUUUUCCCUCAGUGGGACCAAUGUUAGUCAGGGCCUUGUCAGUUGGACUUUUAGUUCGUGGCAUAUUUCCCUUAUUUGUCACUGAGGUAGGGCUUUCCUUGGCACAUUGAAAUUUGUUUUUGGGGCACUCCCACACUUUCCUGCCAAAUUUCGGACCAUCAAAUCCAUGGUCUCUAAUUUCAUUAAUUUGGUCAGGUAAAGUGGCUGCCUCCUGUAUAGUUUUGGGAUGUCGUUCUUUUAUCAGAUAUUUCAGUUUCUUAUUGAUGGUUGUAUAAAAUUGUUCAAGUGCGAUAAUCUCCCUGAUCUUCUGAACUGAAUUGGCACCCUCCUGCUCUAGCCACUUUGUGAGAUAAAUUGAAAUUUUGGCUCCAAGUUGAGCAAACGUUUCUUCCCUCAUUUUUGUCACACUCCUGAACUUCUUUCUUAACUGUUCUGAGGUUAUUCCAAAUCAGGUGUAAAUUAAUUGUUUAAACAUGUCAAAAUUUCUAGACUGAUCUUCUGGCAUUUGCACAUAUAUUUCAGCUAAGGUUCCACUAAUUCUAGCCCUUAAUAUUAUCAUUUUUUCCUCAUCUUUUACUUGGAAAUCUUUGCAUGCUCUUUCAAAUGAGACGAUAAAAGCCUCCAGAUUAUCCUUCUCUUUGAAUUCGGGAAAACGCUUGAGGUCUAUCUUAAGCUGGCUUUGAUCAUUUGUGCUAUUAUUAUUAUUUUGGUUUUCCCACAGAUGCCAAUUCCAUUUUCCACAUUUCUAACUGAAAUUGCAUCUCUUUUUCCCUCAGACAGUACUGCUCCCUUUCUUGUUCAGCUUUAAGUUUAUCUCUUUCUUGUUCAGCCUUAAUUUUAUCUCUUUCUUGUUCAGUCUUAUUUUUCUCUCUCUCUAAUUUAAAUUUGUAUUCCAUUUUUCAAAUUCUAAAGAGAGUCUAGGCUCUACUGCCUCAGAAGGAAUUUCUGAUAUCUCCUCUAAACUCUGCCCUUCUCCCUGAGGAUUCCCAUUCUCCUCUCCCUCGGAGCUUUCAUAGGUUGGUUCCCUCACAGGGUUUCUUGACUUUUUCGGUGGCAUGGUGAGCACUUGUGGUCUGAGAGCAUAAUAGAGUCAGUUGAGAGAUCCCCCCCCCCCAAGUUAUUCUUUCUGGCUAGGUUUUCUUUUGGACUUUGGCCUUGAAGCCUUGCACUGGGUCUUCACACUGGCCCUGCACAGACACUUCCUCCAGCCACAAGUCCGAUACCUCUGCCAAAAUAACCUCACUCCCAGAUCCAACUUCCCCUUCAUGAGCGUAUAAAUCAAUCCCGCCACGGGCAUAUAAAUCUAUCCCACCACGGGGGUAUUUAUUUCUCCCACCACGGGCGUAUUCUUUUAUUCCACCACGGGCGUAUUUAUUUAUCCCGCCGCUGCCGCCAAUUUUGUGGCGUUCGUACGGAGCCCCCUGUCGUCUCACGGACUGUUGACCCGUACACCAACCAGGUCCUCCCCAGUAAAAUCACUUCAGUCUCAGUCAGGUUCUCAAGUUAAUAAAGAAGAGUGUAUUUUAUUUCAGACACAAACUUUUACGGCAUUCCAAACAUUGUUACUCUUUACUUUCUUAGUCUUAUUUUCCUCUCUCUAUCUCUUCUACCUCCCCACACUCAAGAACCCACUGCCCUAACUGUCUCUCUAUUCCCAACUGCCUGCCAACUGCUUCUCCAACUGCCUUUCCCAACCAACUAACUGCCCACCAAUAACUCUAACAAACCUCGGGCUAAGCCCUUUUAUACAUGUAGGCUCCGCCUCCAGCUUUCCUAUUGGUCUACGUUUUUAACCCUUUCUUUUCCACCUGUACAUACAGGCUCUAAAUGAACGGGCAAACGUCACAUAGUUGGACAACCGAGGUGUUCAGCAUUUUGCAGCAGAUUUUCAAUUGUUAUUUGUUUUCUGUACUGUUUAAACCAGAUCAAAAUGUAAGUCUGUAGGUAGAGAUUUUAAGUAUUUAUUGGUACAACUAAGUUGACAAAUUGAUGUUACUGUAAAGCCAUACAUUCUAUUAAGUCUUGUUUGCUUGAAAAACUAGAAUAUUUUUGAAGUGCACAUGGCUUGUUGUGUAUUUUGUGAUUUACCUUUUUUAAACCAAGAUUCACCAAGAUGUACUUUAAUUCAAGGCAUAAUAAAGUUAAACAUUUUUGGAACAAUCUUCCCAUUUAAAACACUGUAAUCCUUUUGACAAAUAAACUAAAUAUAAUGAAAUGCCGAUGCUGCUUUUACUGGUCCAUCAUAUUGUAACAUUUCUAUUACCAAUCUUAUCUGACCUCAGUCUCCUUCAGUUUCUUUGCAUUCUUCUCUCUCUCUGUCCCGUCAACAAAUGCACCUUAAGAAAAGCAUGCAGCAAGCAAUGAUAUGCAGAAGCAGAUAUUUAGCAUGAUUAAUUAAUUCUACUAAGCACAAAUAAUUGAUGUUUCCAGUUGAUGUUGUAAACUUCCCUGGGGAGAGUCUACCUAUUGCAGAAGGCGAGCCAGGAAAGGGUGGAAACAGGACCCUCUCCGCACCUUCCUCCUCUUCUUCCUUUCGGGUCGGCCUUCCGCUAGGCUGGGCCAGGCUGCGCCACUUUCCCCAACGCCUUUCAGGUUGCCUUGCCAGCCUCCUUGCCAGCAGUGGCGGAGGAAGGGGGGCAGGGGGGUGGGUCGCCCCGGGUGUCAUCCCUGAGGGGGGGGGGUGACAUUCGGUGCACCAUUGCUCCCGACUGGAGGAGGCAGGCAGGCAGGCAGGCGAGCGAACAAUGGAGGCGGGUGGGAAGGGGAGAGGAAGGAAGCGGGAUUGGUGGGUGCGCCUUUCAUUCGGCCUGGAAGACGAUCGCCUACAGCUGGACUGUCAAGUGGAUUUAAAGGGUCACUUUGGGGGCGGCGCUGCAAAUGCAGUAUGUUGACGCAGACCUACUGGAUUUAUUAACACUCCUCAGUGAAUGUGUACCUAUGUAUGAUUGAAGCCUCCUAAAGAUUAAUAUUUUCUAUAUUCAAGGCAGAUUAAUUCCCUAAGCACAAAGGACACGUACUGAAAAUUGGAAUUUCAUACUCCCUUGUAAGAAAUUGUGGCACUACAUAACCACGGCUGGCUGCACCAUUGUAACAUGCGAUCUCUGUCUCUUUCGCACACAGACACAAGACACCACUCCCGAGAAAGUGGUUUAUCUAGACUUGUCUGCUCAAAAGGAAGUCCCAUUGUGUUGGGGACCUGGAAGGAGAGAAACAAAAGCUCCCUCAACUCAGGACCCAAACCCUGGAAGGCACAGGAGGAGAGGUGGGGUGUGAGGGAAGCGGCGCUUAAAAAGGGAAGAAAAUGGUUGCUGCCUUUCUCUCUAUCUGAGCUGGCUCCCUGCCUGUUACGUUACGUGCGGGGAAACCGUGUGGGGUUCCUCUCUGUGUAA